CUGACGACUGCGGAAGUUAUCCGCUAACACCAUGGAGGGUUUCGCAGAAUCAAAACAGUAACAUUUAUUUCGUAUUAAAAUAGAAAGAAAUCGGAUAUUACUGAACACAGCUCAUUUACUGAGUCCGGUGAGCCUUCCAGUAGUCGCAUUCUGGUUGCGAGGUGAUUUGGGAGAUUUUAAACAAUUGAUAGACAGAAAUGGAGGACCCUGGUGGCACAGUAGCUGAAUCUGUGUCGUCACCGCCUGUUGGUGCAGCCAAGUCAAAGCUUGACUCACUUUCCAAAGAUGAUCUUAUAAAAUUCACCAAAAAGCAGAUGGCGUCUUUCCAAAAGAUGAAGUGCAAAUGUGCAGAUUUAGAGAAAGAAGUUGAAGAGCUCAAAGAACGUUCCAAGAAUGAUAUGAGCACUUCAAAGGAUUCUACUAUAAUACAGGAGCUGACUGAGCGGAUGGAUGUGUUAUUACUGGAGAAGGCAGAAACCCAGGAAAGCCUUUCAUUGUCUCGUAAAGAAUUGGAGCGGACCAAGCAGCUUGCCAAAGUUGAAGUCACAGAACUUGGAAGUAUGAUUGAAGACCACAAAAGGACAAUUGACAUUCUAAAGGCCAGCAUUGAUGAAUCCAACAAUAAACACAAAGAGGAAGUGGAAUAUUUUCAGAAAUUAUUAAAGGAGCGAGAAGACCAUGAUAGGGAGUUAACCAGUGAAAGAGAGAAACAGAGCCAAGCUGAAGAAGCCAUGGAAGUUACAAUUAAAGCUCUUCAAGCUGAACUUGAAGCGAUUCAGGAGCGAAAUUCCAAAGAGAUUGCUGAGCUGCAAGAGAGCCACCAGAAUCAGCUGACUGAAGCCCAGCAGGAGGUAGAAAACCUGAAAGAGGAGUUAACACAGAGGAGUAUGCAGCACGAGGAGGAGCUGAGGGCUUUGGAGGAGGAUUGUGAGAUUGAGAGGGAGCGUCUUGUUUUGCUCCAGGAAGAGCUGACGGAGCAGCUGGCCCUCAAAGAUAGCUACCUCCAGGAUGUCCAGGAGGAAGAUGAAGAACCUGGUCGUAGCUCAGGCAUUGCCAAAAUGUUGGCGCUGUCUGCACCCAGUCAGGCUGAGUCCAGCCAUAUUGAUGGUGACAUGAACGAGGGUGCAAAACUGAAGGCCGCUCUGGAAGAACUCCAUGCUCAGAACACAAUGUUACAAGAUGAGCUCACCCUUCUCACUAAUGUUAAAGGUGAACUGGAGGCAGAGCUGGAGAGAGUCAAGGAUGAGUUCCAGAGUGAAAGAGAGGAGAUGGACUUUAAAAUCAAUGAGCUGCAAAUGAACCGGGACAGCGACCCAACAACAACAGCCUUAAAUAUCAUGAAUGUUGACCCUGAGAUAUAUGCGUCAGGUGAAUCCAAAGAGUCAGUCCAAGAUAAAAUAACACUGGAACAAGAUGAGCUUGAGAAGCUCAGGUGCCAGUGUGAGGCCAUGACCCGGGAGAGGGAUUUUGCUGUGGCAGACUUCAAUGACAUUAGGGAAACACUGCAAAAUGCAGAGAAACAAAAAGACUUACUCGAGGGGCUUUAUCAGUCUGUUGAAGACCUUACCAGGCAAAAUGAAGAGAUCCUCUCUCAGCUGCAGAUAAAAGAGACCAUGACGGAAGACCUAAAUGAGCUGGUUAAUACAUUGACUGAAGAGCGAGACAGAACACAAUCGCUGCUUCAACGUCAAGAGGAGGAAAUGCGGGAGCUCAAAGAUGAAAAUGCCAGAGACAUUGAGAACCUGCGAGAAGAGAAGCAGGCGGCCCAACUACUGCAGGAAGAGACGGAAAGGCAGUUGAAAAUGUUGACUAUAGAGAAGGAGAAUGAAAUGCAGGUUUUAAAGGAGGAAAUGGACAAGAUCGAGGAAAGCCUGAAGGAGGAAGUGGGCAAAUUGCAGGAGGAGCUAUCCUCUUCAGUUCAAACUAUUCAAGAUAUCUCCUCAGAAAAUGCUUGCCUUCAUAAAAAACUAGAAGGGAGUCUAAUUACACUUUCCCAAAUCCAGAGAGAGCAAGAACUUUUGGGCUCCAAGUUGACCACCGCAGAGGCUCAACUGGAGCAACAGUCAUUCCAAAAAGGGGAUCUUGAAGCUAGGGUUAAUUCUUUUACAGAAGAAGCAGAGCUUGAAGGUCAGUCUGAAGCUCUAAAAGUUGCAAAGGAAGGACUGACAGAACUCCAAGUACGGGUAGAAGAGUUGGAAAACGAGAGAAAUAUGUUGAGAAGUUGUCUUGAAGAGGCUCAGGGAGAUAGGAGUGAAGUGCAAGCUAUGGCGCAGGAGAGGGACAUGCUGAGAAACAAUUUGGAGGAGACGCUGAGGGAUACUGGUGGGCUGCUGGGAGACCUUCAAGAUAUGAAGUCUUUCAAUGAAAAACUGUGUGCUGAGAAUCAGAUGUUACAGUCCCAAAUACUUGUAAUGUCCAAAGAGAAGGAGGAAAAAGUACAGGCUGACAUUGAUGUUCUAGAGAGAGAACGCACAGAAUUCACACAACAGUUGGUGGACAGGGAGGCACUCAUAUCUCAAUUAAGGACUGAGAUCGCUGCUCUGCAGGAGUCUGCUUCCAAGUCUGGCUCUGAUGAAAAGAAAGCUACGGAAAUGACAGAGAAAAUAGGUGAAUUGGAGAAGGACAAUAAAGAGAAGGAUGAAAUGAUAAACAAAAUAAAGGCAGUGGCUGUCAAAGCAAAAAAGGAGUUGGACACCAGUAAAAAAGAGGUCGUAACCCUGAAGGAAGAAAUAGCUUCUCUAAAAGCACAGCAGGAGAAGGUUAACAUCUCAAUGAAGGACAUCAUCCAUGGUGCUGAAGGCUACAAGAACCUGCAGAUCGACUACGAUAAGCAGACGGAGCAACUGGAUCAACAGAAAAAGAAGGUAGAAGCAGCAGAGAGACAGAUUGCUGACCUGACUAAACACCUCAGCAGUGCUGUCUCACAGGUCGAGUUACUCCGCAGUGAGAAGGAAGACCUGCUGACUGCCUUGGAGACGUCCAGGAACAUGGUAAAGCAGAUUGAAAUGCAGAUCCAGGAGCUGCAAAAGCAGUCAACCAGUCUCGACAGAGAUCUGGUAGCAGAGAGGGCAAUGAAAGAACAAAAGAUCAAGGAUCUGUCAACGGCCAGAAAAGAUUUGGCUGAGCUUCAAGACCAGUUCAGCAAGCAACAGCAGGAAUCACUGCAGACAGCCCAAGAACUGGAGCAGCUACGCAAGGAGGCGCAGCAGAACUCUUUGCUGGGCAUGGAAAUGGCUGACUAUGAACGCUUGGUCAAAGAACUCAAUGCCAAAAUUUCAGAAAAGGAUGUGUGCUCUGAAGAGUUACAGGCUCAAAUAACCGGACUGACUGAGAAGGAGGAAACACUUAAACGAGAAAUUGAACAUUUGAAGUCGCAGUUGGACCAAACAGAAGACAAAGCUUCCAAGAUUAAACUACUGCUAGUGAAAGCUAAGAAGGAGCUGUCUGAUGCGAAGCUGCAGGAAAACUCCUUAGCGGUGUUGCAGGCCUCAUUAAGAGGGGAACUGGAGGCCAACCAGCAGCAACUAGAAAGCACAAAAAUCGAGCUGUGUGAUGCGAGUGCUGAACGCCUUCGUCUACAAGACCAACUCAGGUCUGCAUUGGACCAGCAACAAAAGACCAGAAGCUCUCUGCAGGAAAGAAUUGAUAGCCUACAGCAGGAGCGAGACAUUGCUAAGGCUGAACUUGUGGCAACUGCUGAGGAGUUUGAGAGUUAUAAGGUCCGAGUACACAAUGUGCUAAAGCAGCAAAAAAGCAAACUCAAUGGACAGAAUGAAAGUGAUGCUGCCAGGCUAGAAAGGGAGCAGUUAUCAACUCAGGUGAACCAGCUGAGUUCCAGCCUGGGAGAGAGUCAGCAAAGUCUCCAGAGCUGCACUGCAGAGCUACAGCAGCUCCAGAGUGAACACGACACUCUUUUGGAACGACACAACAAACUUUUGCAGGAAAAUGUUCACAAAGAGGCCGAGAUCCGUGAGAGACUGCUGUCAGUGCAGUCGCAGAACGUGGAUCUGCAGUCAGAGCUGGCUCAGGCUCAAGCUGACUCAUCUUCCCAGAUUGAGACCCAGCGACAGACGCACAGGGAGCAGUUGAGGAAGCUGCAGGAUGAACACCGCGCCACAGUUGAGACUUUGCAGGGUCAGCUGACUCGUGUUGAGGAGCAGUUAUUCAACUUGCAGAGUCAGAAUAGCUCGGUGUUGGUUCAGUCAAGCAGAAAGUCCACCGAUGCUCAGCGUAGAACUGGAGACCAGAACCAGGCAGUGCCCCCGAGUGACCCUCAGUCGAUGGAUAGGGAGGAGUGUGAAGGCAUGGAGACCGUGGAGAAUGAAAGCACCUCCCCUGCAUCACUACUCUCUCUGGAGCACCUUCUCACAUCACCAGACCCCAAGCAAGAGCCAUUUGAGUGGACUGUGGAGCCCACAAAAGAGGAGCUUAUUCUCAAAUUGAGCACAGCCACACGCAGUCUGGAGCACAUGAACAGCCUGCUGCAUGAAACCGAGGCUACCAAUGCUGUUCUCAUGGAGCAGAUCAAUCUGUUGAAGAGUGAAGUACGUCGGUUGGAGCGUAAUCACGAACGAGAGAAGAACAGUGCCAACCUGGAGUAUCUGAAGAACGUUUUGCUGCAGUUCAUAUUCCUUCGGCCAGGCAGCGAGAGGCAGGCGCUAGUUCCCGUCAUUCACACCUUGUUACAGCUCAGCCCGGAGGAGAAAAGCAAACUGGCUGCCAUUGCACAAGGCGAGGAUGACGCCUCAGGGAGUCAGGGCUCAGGCUGGGGAUCUUAUCUCCACAGCUGGUCUGGGAUCAGGUAGACCUACAGCCGAGGUCUAAGAAACCGACCAAUGACUUAACUCAUUCAUUUGAAGGGCAAGACACAUUGCCCCCCCCCCCCCCCCCCCCCCCGCCCACACACACACACACACCAAAAAACGUCAUACACUGUAAGAUUUUGUCGGACCGCCUUUGGCCUUGAUUACGGCACCCAUUGGCUGUGGCAUUGUUUUGAUCAAUUUCUGCAAUGUCACAAAAUUUAUUUACAUCUGGUGUUGCAUUAAUUUUUCACCAAGACCUUGGUGAUGGUAGGAGCACAAAACCUUCUCUAGCACAUCCCAAAGGUUCUCAGUGAGAUUAAGAUCUGGACUUUGUGUGUGGCCAAUCCAUAUGUGAAAAUGAUGUUUCAUUCCCACUGAGCCAGUCUUUCACAAUAAAAGCCUGAUGAAUCCUGGCAUUGUCGUCUUGGGGUAUGCCCAUGUCACCAGGGGAGGAAAAAAAUACAGAACCUGCUCACUCAAUGUAUUCAGGUUUUCAGCUGACCUCAUUCUUUGAGCAAAUAAUGUAGCUGAACCUCACCCUGACCAACUGCAGAAACCCAAGAUCAUAACACUGCUUCUACAGGCUUGUAUAGGGUGUACUAGACACGAUAAAUGCAUCACUUCACCUGCCUCUCUUCUUACCCUGAUGUGCUCAUCACACUGGAUCAGGGGAAAUCUGGACUCAUCAGACCACAUGACCCUGAGUCCAAUGAUCCCUAGGAAAUUUUGAAGCAAUGGAGGACUACCAUCAUCAACGCAAUUCAUGCAAUACUGGAUGGAAAUAAAUCUUGUGACAACGCAGACGCAAUGCCACAGCGAAUGCUCGCCGUAAUUAGAGCUAAAGGCGGUUCAAUGAAAUGAUAGCAUUUAUGACAAUUUUUUUUUUUUUUGUAGCUGGUGACUUUUUGGGGGGGGGGGGGGCGUUCAGUACAGAAAAGACAAAGCAAUGUAUAAUGGCAAACAUGGUACAGACCAUGGUAAUCAAAAUGUUUUUCUCUAUUCUUUAGAAAUCAAAGUAGAGCAAGUUUCAAAUGUUAGAUAAAAUGUACUGAUCAUACACUGAGAUUAAGACAGGUGAUUUAUUUAUUCAUUUAUUCCUACAACAGCUAAAGUCUCUUCCAGAAGGUGGAGCUCAUGAGGCAUUAUAAAAGUUGAAUCUAUGUCGAGAAUACAAGUCUUGUUUUUUUCACCCUUCAACUUGACGUUAUCAACACUUAGAAUGGACCAUUUUCAUCUAUUUGUCCUCUUCAGUCCCACUGCAAGCUGCUUCUUCUGGGCCUCCUCACCAUUGUACCUUAACUAAAUGUAUUCCAAAUUGAUGAAAUAUUGUCCAGAUUAGGAUAAAGAAAUGUUUGUAAUUAAAUGUGUUAAUUUUUUUUAUCCAUUUAACAUUUCUUUCAUUCCAUACAUGAACUUAUAAAUAUUGUGCAUUUGCAUUUUUUGUUUGUUUGUUUGUUUGUUUUAUUUUUGUUUAUUUUGAAGAUUUACUGAACUAAUGAACAAGGCUUUUUUUCCAGGGUUCAGAAAUUUGGGUAAUGUGAUGAGUGAUUUUUGAAAGCUAAAUUUUUCCUAGAACUUAGCAGACUUCCAGGUGUUAUUUUCUAUCUGUUUUCCUAUUGUGUGUUGAUUGUUUACUGAUCUUAUUUAUUCAAACAUUACUUCGUUCAUCUUCAUUUGCUACUAUAUUAUAAUCGAAGUUUAUACAAAAUGUGAUUGGGAUCACUUUAUUUUCUGAUUUCAGUGGCAGCUGAUUGUGAUUCCUUCUGUAUGAAUUGUACAAUAAAGAUCCAAGAUUGAGCUUCCGUGGAUUUUUUCAGUUCAGGGGUUAUAACCAGGGGUGAAAGUGGGCUGGAACGCCUUUCUGGCAGAAAGUUU